AUGACCUCCGAAACGCAAGUUCCACGCACACCUAAUACGCCCCGUAUUCACAAAAAUGUGAGGGCAAGAACACCAAAAUCGGUGUUGAGGAAAACGAUCUUAACGUAUGAUGUGGAUGAUUCAUAUGUAGAGGAAGAAGACACAACGUAUCUUUUUGACGAAACAGCGACUUCAGCAAUUAGUGAAGAUGAAGAUGAAGUAUUUGAGGAAGAUAUAGAUGAGAAAGAUUUUGAUCUUGAUGAUACUGAAGUUGAAAUUGAAAGUGAAGAAAUUACCACCAAAACAGAGAAUAUCGAAUCGGAAAACCAAGAAAGUAUCAAGGAAGAAAAGCCAGAAGUAUCUGAAUUUCGUAAGUUUCUUAUUAAACAUGAGAUACCAAGAAAAAUCUUACACUGCUCCAUAGGUUUUAUUACGUUAGUGAUGUUUGGCUUAGGUGUUCCACAACAACAAUUUGUUGCGCCGCUGAUGGCAUUGUUUGUUAUUAUUCUUAUAAACGAUAUUAUCCGUUUCCGUGAUCCAGAAUUAAACAAGAAAAUAGUAGCUAGAUGGUGGUUCAUAAUUAGAGAUAAUGAAGUCAACUCUUAUAACGGGACUUUAUGGUAUUUAGCUGGUGUUAUAAUACUCUUUCUUUUAGCUCCUAGAGAUAUCCUUUUUAUGGGAAUACUAUUGUUAAGUUGGGCCGACACAGCAGCAUCAACUAUUGGCCGUCAAUUUGGUAAAUAUACUCCGCAAAUUGUUCCAGGUAAGUCAGUCGCUGGAACAUUAGCCUGCUUCUUGGUAGGUUCUUCAUGUUGUUAUUUGGUUUAUGGCUACUUUAUUCCUAAUUUUGAAAACCAACCAGGUUAUAUUAUGUGGACCCCGGAAAGAAGCGUUUUAGACUUACAUACAUAUGCGUUAUUGUCUGGUGUUAUUGCAAGUGUUUCAGAAUUUGUUGACAUUUUUAAUAUUGACGAUAAUUUCAUUAUUCCAGUUGUUGGUGGUGGUUUACUUUACGGGCUUGUUAAGCUUUGUGAAGUUUAA